CGAGUCCUCCGAGCCUUUAGAGGCCUCUACCUCCCUCCGUGCUUGCAAGACUGGCGAGAAAAGCAGGAAAGGGAGGGCGGAGGCUGCAGCGAUCAUGGCCGAGGACGAAGAAGAAAACUCGCAAGCCCGGCAACGUCUGCAGGAAUUGGUUGACCACUUGUAUCAUUUCCGAGAUCAUUAUUUUGAAAAUCACAGUGUGAAAGAUGCUGGAAAAAAACAACAGGAUGUUCAGGAAGAAAUGAAGAAGACUCUUCAAAAAAUGGAAGCCAUAGAUGGGUUAUCAGAAGAGAGGGCUUACAUUUUUAUGCUUAAAGGGAAAGCUUUGAAUGUAUCAGCAGACUAUAAUGCCCAGUCGGAAGAAUUGCUUUCCAAAGCAGUCAAGCUGGACCCGGAAUUGGUGGAGGCGUGGAAUCAAUUAGGCGAGGUUUACUGGAAAAAGGGUGAUGUUUCUGCAGCCCAUACUUGCUUCUCCGGAGCGCUCGCCCAUCGUAAGAACAAAGUUUCCUUGCAGAACCUCUCCAUGGUGUUACGGCAACUGCGCACCAAUUCUCCCGAUGAACAUGCACAAAACGUGAUGGACAGCGUGCGGCAAGCCAAGCUGGCCGUGCAGAUGGACGUGCACGAUGGACGCUCUUGGUAUGUGCUGGGCAACGCCUACCUUUCCUUGUUCUUCAGUGCGGGGCAGAACCCCAAGAUCUCCCAGCAAGCACUGAGUGCAUAUGCACAAGCAGAAAAGGUGGACUCCACUGCUUCUUGUAAUCCAGAUUUGCAUCUCAAUCGAGCCACGCUUUAUAAGUAUGAAGAAAACUACAUGGAAGCCCUGGCAGGUUUUGCACAGGCCGUAGCCCUUGACCCGGCUUGGCUGGAACCUCAACAACGGGAGCAGCAACUCAUGGAUUUCCUCGAGAGACUAACUGGACUCCUUGAAAACAAGGGCAAAGUGAAAGGCAAGAAGCUGCAAAACAUGUUGGGAAGCCUGCGACCCUCCCACCUGGGCCCUUGUGGCGACGGACAUUAUCAGGGGCCUUCAGGUCAGAAGGUAGAGCUACAGAGACGAUCCCUCAGUGCCUUGCAACCUGGUGUCAACACGGGUGCUGUGGUCUUGGGGAAGGUGUUGUUCAGCCUGACUACUGAGGAAAAAGUGCCUUUCACCUUUGGAUUGGUGGACUCUCUCGAAGGCCCUUGUUUUGCUGUCACUGUUUACAACAUGGCCCAAAGCUGGGGGGUCCUAAUUGGAGACUCGGUGGCCAUCCCUGAACCUCACUUUCGGCACCAUCACAUCCAACACCAGAACAAAAGUUUUACUUUUUCUGGCCUCCGCGUAGAGACUCCGCUGCUUCUUGUGGUGAACGGCAAAGUUCAAGGAUCCCAAAACCAGGCGGCUGCGACCCUUGCCUACCACGUACAAAGUGAAUGAGAAGAGACAAAGGGCAAAAUUAUCCAGGGAUGCUCAGAUUUUUAGGCUACAUCAGAUCUGUCUCCUUAUACCUUUUUCAGUAGUUUAGAGAGAUUGGACUGAUUCAUAGAAAUGUAACCCAGCCGUUAAGUGAAGGAGUGAGAGAAAAAAGAGAAUCGUAGAACGUUUGCACUGGUGCUUCAUUCUUGUCUAUUUCGGUUUUCCCCACGCAGCCACCCGAUUUGUUUUCCAUAGACACCGGUCUCUGUCUUCCUUUCAGUUGUACUAAAAUGAGUGUCUACUGAAAAUCUGGGGGCUGCUCAUUUUUAUCCCCCAUCUCUCUCUAAUUUUCUUCCCUGUUUUCCGACCUCUUCUUUCACCUUCGCUCUUGCUUUGCCUUGAUCGCAUUUAAGGUUGGGCAGUCGGUCAGUUUAGAUCCUGUCCUUUGCGGAUUCCAUUCAUCUGAAUCAGAUUCAACUCUUCUUUUUGCAGUGUGUUAAUGAAGUCAGUGGGGCUUAGGUUAGCAUGACUGUCCUAAAUCCCACCGUUUUAAGAAGUCAGUAUGAUCACCUCUACAUCCAACUCGUUAUUUCUGUGUAAAUAGAAAAGAUGCCUUUUUAUAUUUAUUUGAUAUUAUUUUGAGAUGGUUUUUUUUGGGGGGGGGAUUUUUUUAUACUUUUUCCUGCCAGACUCCUGAUCUUUUCCCCUUCCAAUCCAAUAAAAUGAGUUCUUUGCCAUAAUAUCGUGAAAAAUUUUCUCUUUAUGGAGAAUGGUAAAACAUGUUUUACUUAGCAUUAAGUAGAACUACUGUGUUGAUCUCACAUGGCUGAGACUAGACUAGAAGGGAACGGAACAGGACAGGAAUAGAAUCAGAAUUACAACAAUUGAAUUACAACAGUUAAAUUAGGAUUAAAAAAGAAUUAGAAUAGAAUAGAGAAAGUGGAAUAGAAUAGUACAGAACAGAACAACAGAAUAGAACAGAGUAGAACAGGGAGGGGAAAGAAGAGAAGAGGAAAAGAGAAGAGUGGGGUAGAAAAUUCUUUAUUGGCAAAUGUGAUUGGACAUGCAAGGAAUUUGUCUCCGGUGCAUAAACUCAGAGUGUACAUAUAAACAACAGGUAAUAGGUCAUAGAUCAUAAAACACAACAAUAGAUACAUAAUAGAAAUCAAUAGGAGAAGAUAAUAAGAAAGAUGAGAAAUGAGACAGUCCUGUGGGAAUUACCGUACUUCUAGGAGUAUAAGAUGCACUUCUCACACACACACACACACACACACACACACACACACACACACACACACACACACAAAAGAGGGUGGAAAUGGUGCAUCUUAUACACUGAAUACAGCCAUGUUUAACCUCCCGAAAACCACCCUGUGCGUCCCGUUUUUGCCAAAAACAGGUUCCUUUUUUGCAAAGACGGUUUGUGCAGAGGGUUUGGGAGGCCUCCAGAGUGCUCCUGGGGGCCGGGGAGGGCAAAAACAAUUUUUUUCUUGUUUUCCUCUUCGAAAUCAUGGUGUGUCUUAUACUCCGGUGCAUCUUACAGUCUGAAAAAUAUGGUAGAUAUUCAGCGGACAGAUGGCACUGUGGAAAAAAGCUAUCUGCAUCUAAUAGUGUUGGCAUGCAAUGCUCUAUAGCGGCAUAAAGAUUGUAGUUAAAGAAGAUUGCUUGUAUAAGGCCGUUCAGGCAUUAUUAUAGUUGACAGGAGUGUUCAUCAACUUCUGGGCUCAGUGUGGUAGCAGAACCAAUUACCUGCUAUUAUUAUUAUUAUUUUUUGGAGUAUAUGAAGCACCUUCCCCCCCCCCCCCCGCCCAAAAGGGGGUGAAAAUUUGGGUGCGUCUUAUACACCGAAUGUAGCCCCUCUCACCCACUGGCCCCCAAACUUUGCCUCCUAGCAAUUUAUCUUCUUGUAGCAAACAGCAAGAAGAAACAGCCCAUUUCCGCUUCAGCACAGCCUAAUUAGCACAAGUUGAUUGUCCCUUGGAUCGACCUCCCUGCCUCUGCUGUUUGCUGCAAGGAGGUAAAUUGCUGGGAGCAGGUUUUUUUUUCUUGUGCUAAUCAAGCUAUGCUGAAAACAAAAAUGAAAGUAAAGCAGACUGUUUGCUGCAAUGAGGCAAAAUUGCUGGGAGGCAGAGGCAGAUUUCUUUUUCUUCUUUUCCUCACCAAAAAAGGUAGGUGCAUCUUAUAGUCUGCAGCGUCUUAUGCUCUGAAAAAUACGGUAGUUGCCAAAGAAUGGGCAAAAAAUAUAAUCAUGGGGAGCGAAUCUUCUUAUAGCAAAUAAUUUUAUUCACCUGCUGGCCCUAUCAAGCUGGCAUCAAGAAAUUGUUAAACAUUGGCCCAUAGUUACCCUUAUAAAUAAAAAAUAAAUAAAUUGUAAAACAUAGGAAACUUGUACACUUUGAAAUUUAAAUUUGAUUUCUUUAAUGGUCUAUAACACGAAUCCAUCAGUUUUACAUGUAUAAUAAGCAUAUGCAAAGAAGAGUUAAUGGUGGUGACAUCUUCAAAUGGAGCUUCAACUCAUGCUGAUGUAAAUGGACGCAGUCCACAAGUCUUAAAAGAGCCAAAUUUGCAGAGCCCUGCAAUAACUUAUGCACCCAGGAGAAUUUCAAAUACAGGUAAUCCUCGAUUUACAACCAUUCGUAUAGUGACCGUUCAAAGUUACAACGGCACUGAAAAAAAUGAUUUAUGAACAUUUUUCAUACUUAGACUGUUGCAGCAUUCAUGGCCACGUGAUCAAAAUUUAGAUACUUGGCAGCUGACUCACAUUUAUGACGCGCUGUCCCGAAGUCAUGUGAUCACCAUUUGUAAUCUGCCCAGCCAGCUUCUGACCAGCAAAGUCAGUGGGGAUUUGUUUUAACAAUUGAACAAUUCACUUAACAACUUCAGUAGUUCGCUUAACAAUUGUGGCAAGAAACACUGUGAAAUGGAUGAAACUCACUUACCAACUGUCCUGCUUAGCAAUGUAAAUUAGGGCUCCAUUGUGGUUGCAGUCGAGGGCUACCUGUAGUGUGUCAAGAUUGACUUUGUCUAUUUUAAUAUUAAAAGAAGUGGAUUGCCAUACUAACCCAUAUACAUAAAUAUAUAUAGUAGUGGCCAAAAUUGUGGAAACCUUUUGGGAAAAGUGUAUUUUUGCGGUUAGAUGGCCAAUAAUACCACUUUUUUUUGGAGUUUCAAGAUAAUCAUAUUUUGUUGGUGGAAUGGCCUGCAAACAGCCCAGACCUUAACCCAAUUGAAAAUCUAUGGAGCCGACUGUUUUCUAGUUGAGAAGGGUAACAUUUCUAUAAUGUUUCUUCAACUUAACUGUAAACAGGGUUUGCUGUUUAAUUGCUUGGCUUGUUUCUGUAGGAAAAGAUAAAUUGCUGUACAAAGCUAGCAGUUUUAAUUGGCUCCCGAAGGAGAGCCCAAAGGUGCACGUUCAAAUGUACUUCUGCUUAAUGAUGGCAAAAUGUUUUUCUCUUUAAUUAGCUUAAUUCUUGUUUCUCUUUCUCUCCCUUGAGAAAGUGGCAGGACUGAUAUAAAAAGUAAAUGCUCAUGCAAAUGCCAUGGGAAAGUAAUGGAGACUUUUGAAUCUCUUAUCUACUUUUUAUCUUAGGAAGAAGACUUGCUGUUUUCUGCCAUUAAAAAUGGCUAACAAUUUGUUAUGAAAGCUACCUUUGUGGUGUUUUGCCAAGGACAAACUCAGUUCUUGUACUGGGGCAGGAGACAAAGCCUUAGUGCAGUGGUAAAAUCCAAAUUUUUAAACUACCAGUUUCUGACAAUUAGAACAAUUAAUCAGUAGAACGACUUGCUUCCAGGAACUGUGGGUGCUUCAACACUGGAGGGUUAUAUAGAUAUAUGUAUGUAUGUAUGUAUGUAUGUAUGUAUGUAUGUAUGUAUGUAUAUGUAGGUCUUUGGUUAUUCGGGUUUUCUCCCACGUAAAAUUAGAAGUGUCUUGGCGAUGUUUCGACGAAGUCUUAUUCAUCAUCUUCAGGCUUCAGCUUCGUGCUUCUAGGAGCAAUGUGUGAUCGCAGCUGUUCCUUCCUUUUUACUGCUAGUGGGGGUUUGAACUGAUUGGGUGGGAGCUUGGCUGUGCUCUGAUUGGAUGGGGGAUUUUUUUGUGCUCUGAUUGGCUGGGUGUGUGUCCUAUUUGGGUGGGGGCUUGGUUGUGCUCAGAUUAGUAUGAGUUGCAGAGGGAUUUGAGCUGGUGAGCUGCAUUGCUGUUGUUUGGCUUCACAUUGGUGGUCCUGCUACAUCUUCAUAGUAGGUGUCAGUCUGCUGCUUAUAUGGAUUGGAGGAGUUUGAAAUGGCUAAUGAUGCAGCUGUGGUCUGGCUUCUGGUCCUUGGUCGUGCUUCAUCAUCGGUGUGGGUUUGAGUCAGCUUUCUGGGUGGAUGUGUGGUGGUGACAUCCUGUGUGGACUUCAUGAGUGUGGGUCUGCUGUCAUUCCUCGUGUUAGGGACUCAUUUGUCAAUAAGGGCAGGUUUCCAAAUGGCUGGUAGGCAGGAGGUAUCAUCUCGUUUAUUCAUGCUUUGUGGGCGUUUUUCUAUCUCGAUGGCUUCUCUGAUUAUUCUGUUGUUAAAGUGUUCAGUUUUGGUGAUAGUUCUGGUCUUUUUAAAGUCAAUAUCAUGUCCUGUGGCUUUAAGGUGUUGGACCAGGAAAGAAGUUGGUUCCUCUUUUUUGACUGAGUUCUUGUGUUCUUCAAUGCGUGCACUUAUUCUUCUGUUGGUUUAUCCGAUAUAUGUGGUGGGGCAGUCGGUGCAUGGGAUUUCAUACACUCCUUCAUUUUCUAACUCAAUUUUGUCUUUGGGGUUUCUUAGGAUGGUGGAUAUUUUUCGUUUUGUGCAGAAUGCUGUCUUGAUGUUGUGUUUGUGGAGGAUCUUGCUGAUUCUGUCUGUGGUGCCUUUUAUAUGUGGGAGGAGGGCUUUGCCAUUUUCUUGUUCUUUGUCUUGGAUUUUAGUGGGGGUUUCUGGAUGGAUUAGUUUGGUAAUCUUAUUUCUUUGGAAUCCAUUGGAUAUUAGUACAUUAGUGAGAAUGUGUAGUUCGGUUUUUAGGUGUUGUUCAUCAGCUAAGUGUUUUGUUCUGGAGAUGAGUGUCUUGGCUACGGAGUUGAUCUGUGCUGGGUGGUGGUGUGAGAGUGCGUGCAGAGAGCGGUUUGUGUGUGUUUUCUUCUGGUUGAUGGUGUGUCCUAGGGAGCCAUUGGAUUUCCUGUAGACUAAGACGGAAAGGAAAGUUGGUGGUUAGCUUCUGUGGUUAGCUUCUGUUUCCAUGGUGAACUGUAUUUUGGGAUGUAGGCUGUUGAGGUGUAUGAGGAAGUUAUCCAGUUUUUCUUUCCCAUGUGGCCAGAUUAUGAAGUUGUCAUCUACGUAUUUGAGUCAGAGGUUGGAUUUGUGAUCAGAUUUUUCUAGAGCUUGGGCUUCAAAGUGUUCCGUGUAGAGGUUUGCAGUCGCUUCCAAAUACAUCCCCACUGAAACCAAUAUAUGUGAAGUUGAAACCAGCCUGACCAAAAUCAACCCUGAUGACGCUAACAGAAUCAGACUCGAAAUCACCAAUAUCCUCUGCACCAGCAAGCCACCCAAAAGCAACUUACCGAAAGAGGAACAGACAGCACUACUUAACCUGAAAGAAGACAGCAGCAUAAUAAUCCUACCAGCAGACAAGGGCAACGCCCCGGUGGUUAUGAACACAUCUGACUACCAAACCAAAUUAACCAACCUACUCCAAGACUCCACAUAAAAAUCCCUAAACACAGACCCCACCACCUACCUAGAAAAAACCACUAGAUCCAAAAUAAAAGCCGCCCCCAUCAGCGAAGAAAUCCAGUAAAGAAUCAUUCCCAGAGAGAAAUCAUCCAGAUGUCCUAAGCUCUAUGGUCUCCCCAAGAUAUACAAAGAAGGAACCUCACUUAGACCCAUAUUCAGCUCCAUAGGCUCACCUCUACAAAACCUAGCCAAAUUUCUCACCAAAUAACUACAGCCCUAUGCAGAAUCCAUCACCUCACACGUAAAAAACUCAUUCCAGUUCAUAGAGAUCUUAAACAAAACUUACAGCCCAGCAAUCUACUCGUGAGCUUUGAUGUCAUAUCCCUCUUCACUCAAGUGCCAAUCAAAGAAGCCUUAACAGCUAUCCAAAACAAAUAUAACCCCCCCAAGCACAUCUUAGUUCUGACCAAUCAUUGCCUAUCCAACACAUACUUCAUCUAUAACGGACAAAAAUACAAACAAACAGAAGGAGCACCCAUAGGAUUACCCUCUCACCUGUCACUGCAAACCUCUACAUGGAACACUUUGAAACCCAAGCUCUAGAAAAAUCUGAUCAUAAACCCAAACUCUGGCUCAGAUACGUAGAUAGAUGGAGAUAGAUGAUGAUAGAUAGAUAGAUAGAUAGAUAGAUAGAUAUGGAUAGAUAUGGAGAGAGAGAUAGCUAAAAAUAAAUAUAGAGAUAAAGAUGAUAGAUUGAUAGAGCUAGAGAUAAAUAUAGAGAUAGAUGAGAGAUACAUAGAUGAGAGAGAGAGAGAGCUAGAAAUAAAUAUAGAUAGCUAGACAGAUCGACAGACAGGUGGAUGGAUGGAUGCAUAUAGUGUGUGUGUGCGCACGCGUGUG